UCUGGGACACUCUGUCAAGUUCUGCCUGUCUUCUUUCAAAAUACACUUGGGUUUUCACAGGAAAUUUACUGUUUACAUACAGUCUCUUUCAAAAUAAAAGCACUACUUCAGUACAACACCGCAAACUGGCAUUUUUGUUCCUUCAAAAAUUAACACAAGUGGUUGGGUUUAGGCAACAAAAACAUGUCGUUGAGGGGUGUCAGUGGCUUAGUGGAUAGAGCAGGCGCAUACCUGAUAGCUUUUGUUCAUCAGUGUCUGAUGCCACAAGUCACUGCCCAAGUGCUGGAUUUCAACGACUUCGGAGUGAGACUGGGUUGAUCUUUUUCCAGAAUUACAUACUGUAGGCCUACCUUUAAAAAAUAAGUUUCUAUAUUUUGAACUUUCACUGCCAUUUGACACAAUAAUAUUCAGGUUUAGUAGUGCUUGUCAUAUACUGCUAAAUAAUUAUGUUCUUUAAUAUAUGAUUCAUAAUCAUGUGUCCAUUCAUUUAAAUCUGAACACAUGAAUCACAAUAAAUCAUCUUUUAUUAUAAAUACUUCCAUGAUGUACACUGAAGUUACCAUUUCAAGAGCACAAUGACCCUCAUGAACUCCCAACCUGCCUCAGAAAUCACAGCAUCUGGUUACUGACCCUUGCUGGUGGCAGUCAUGUGACCACAGCAGAGGCAGUCUCGUGAGGGCGCAGCAUAAACGCACCCGGAGUGUUUCCUUCCUUGACUUGGCCUCAGCAAAGUGCACAGGAGGACGCAUGGAGCUCUAGACCUGCAGCUCCAUCAGCAACUCCUCACAUGCGUCUGGGGCGCAGCGCGCAUGCACACAGAGAUGAGCAUGGACACGGCUGCGCUUUUCUCCGGACAUGCGGAUUUAAAUCUAUUUUAAGAAUGACUUUUUUCUUAUUUCUGUUUAUAAGUAACACAGUUUAGCAGACAUUCAUGAUGGAGCCGGAGGAGAGUAAGAUAUCAGUGUGGGUCUGCCGAGAGGAGAAGCUUGUCUUCGGCUUGUCAAAGCGCACAACCUGUGCUGAUGUUGUCCAAGUUCUUCUGGAGGAGCAGAAAUCACAGCACGGCCUCUCUACAGGGUCAUGCCCACAGUCUUACUGCAUCGUGGAGAAGUGGAGAGGAUUCGAGAGGAUUUUACCAAACAAAACCAAGAUUUUACGGCUGUGGCUGGCGUGGGGAGAGGAGCAGAGAAAUGUGAAGUUUGUGUUGGUGAGAAGUGAGGCGUCUUUGGCGAACCACGGAGCCCGGAGCGCAGAGGCGCGUGUGGUGCCCAGCAAACACAGCCCCUGUGUCACCAAGGGGACCGCCGGGCGGUCUCCCAUGAGUGGCAUCUCACCUGAGAAACAGCGUCGGAUCGUCCGGAAAGCUUUCAGAAAGUUGGAGAAGAUCAACAAGAAGAGGGCGCAAAGAGACGCGUCCUCUGCUGAAAAGAUGGAAACUUUGGUUCACCUGGUGAUUUCUCAGGAUCAUACAAUCCGCCAGCAGAUCCAGAGGCUCACAGAGCUGGACGCAGACAUCGAGAGGUGCGAGGCUAAAGUGCAUUUGGACAGAAUUCAAAGACACGGUGUUAAUUAUGUGCAGGACACGUAUUUAGUGGAUGCUGCUGCGGCGGGCAGCCGGGAGGGAGACACAGUGUGUUCACCAGAGACUCUUGCCAAGUUUGAAGAGUAUGUCCGGCAGUGUGAGGAGGUGGUUAGACUACAAGAGGAGCUGUGGGAGCAGGAAGCCCUUAUAGACAUUUUCACGGUGCAGAUCCAGGAGGAGCUGAACCACCGCUGGAUGCAGCGGAGGAAAGAGGAGCUGCAGAGCAAAGACGCAGAGCCUGGCGAGGGCGCACCGUCCCUCCCCGGCACAGGGGCAGACACAGCACCGGAAAACGAGCUGCUUUUGGAAGAGGAGAGGAUCAGGACACAGCUAGAUGCGAGUUUGUACAUCGGUCUGCGCCUCAACACGGAUUUAGAAGCUAUUAGGAGCGAUUUAGAGCUGACCCAGGAGAUUUGCGGGGCGAGGGAGAAGGAGAUGAGGGAUUUGCUGGAGAAAGUGAACACUUUGGACAUAGAGGAAGGGACAGUCAGUGAGGAGAGAUGUAGCCACGGGACAGAUGAUAAGAUGGGGAUGAUGAGCACUUUGGAGAGGAAGAGUGAGUGGGUGGAGCAGGCCAGGGGUCUGUCCAAAGCUCACAGUGGGAACGACGACGACUCAGACACUGGCUUAAGUUCUCUGCACAGCCAGGACUCAGACAGCCACCCUGUGUGGGAGUCACUGGUUUAGGAUUUUACCAGGAAGCUUGCUUUUCUGACUGUUUAUCAGUUUUCAGUGAGAAAAAGACCUUCUACAGUCUCAGGGAUCACAUUUACUCUGAAGUAAACUAAAGUUUGUGAUAAUAUUUCCACAUUGAUAAAAACUGCAUUUAUUUUACACACAUAUUCAUAUAUUUCUAUGACAUCUUCCUUAAACUGGUUUAAGAACUAUUACAGUCUUUAUUUGUUGGGGUAAUACAUUUUAAUCUCACAAAGAAAGUUGUUUGACAUACAAAUAAAUCCUGUUUUUUAAGCUUGACUUCAUUUGCUCCCUUUCUUUCUGUUUGCAAUGACCCAAAAGCUGAAAACAAAAGUGACAUUUAAAACCUGUUGGAUGUUUGAGUCAGGACUGCAGGGUGCACAGUUAAGACAUGACAUGAGAUGACAGUAUGAAAUAAGCCAAACUCACAAACUGUGCCAAAAGCAGACGAUUUCCACAACCUCUGCCAUGUUAAGACACACCUCUGAGACAGCAGGGCGACGCAGCCAAAACACAAAGUCAAAGGUCUUUAGGAUUAUUCUGCAAGACUGUAAACAACAUCUCAGC